AUGGAUCGUGCUUUAGUCCUUACUGCUCUCAGUGCUCAGGCGAGCCGUCAAAAUGCGUAUAUCCAGAAAGUGGCAAAAGAACAAAGAUUGUCAGAGACCGAGUCAGCACUCUACAGUGCCCUUGUCACACUCCGUGCGAUGAGACCAGUAACUGUGGUGCAAGCAUCAGCGAAGCCGGACUCGGUGCCUAAGCAAAAGGCUGCUCGUAUGGAGGAAUGGUCCCAGCUGCCGCUCCGAGGAUGGCCGGACAUGGAGCGCUGGCUCGCAGGCAUGUGUGACCAGUUCACCAUUGACAAACCGCAAUCCUCGAGUGUUCCAGUGACGGACCCAUCGGGAGGUGGGUUUGCAAUACCACCAUCUCCAAGUCACGGUAGCACCAACAGUGGUGUAGAUAUGGAAGCUGGAGAGCUCACGGUUGCAAACGCGUGGCUCCCACGAGGGAAUAUAUCCAUUGGGAGCCCAUAUGAGACCCACCUCCACCCAUCCGGGUUAAGGUCCUCGCCUGUGUACCCGCAAAUUCAAGCCACCGGGGAAUCCGACGUGGCAUCCCCCACUGGCGGGAUGGCUGAGUAUACUGACAUCGCUGGGGUCAGUGAGAGCGGACAAGCGAGGCCCGCCGAGGCUGCGGCCACCAGGGCGGAGGAGCUGUCGAAAAGUCGACCUAACAUAUACUUUUAA